GGCAAAACGCGCGGGGACUACGCCAUUAGCCGUUCGAAUCUCGUUAAGAGAGUGCGUGAACCCCUCUCGUCCAACGAAAAUCGUUACAGUGUUUUGUCGACACUAGUGUGAGGUGCGAAUAAAUAGUACAGGUGACCCAUAUCUUUUGAUUUUUGGAUUUUUUGCCACCCACGACAGCCAGGAUUUCGCUCGGGGUACCGUUUAAAGGGAAGAUGGAGAGGAUAACGUUACCUUUAAUCCUCACUCUUCUGGCCUUCGUGCGUGGAGAAACGUCGGUCUAUAUUUUAUCCGCAAAUUUAGGCCAAGUGGUGACAUCGUCGACGUUGCAAUGGGUGUCGUCGUCCAACUUCAACGAGAGCAUGCUCAGUAAUGCCGUCACCGCCGCAUUCCAAACAGAAGACGAUGUCGACAACACCGACGGUCAACUCACCACCAAGCCCGUCUACGUUUGCCGCGCCAAAACCAACUUCCUUUGGGUUGCUGGUCAACUCAGACCUAAACAACGAGCUUGCAUAGUGUCCAUGUACAAGGUGGUGACGCACCACGAGAAUUUCGAGCUUCUCAUCAACAUCGAGAACAGCGCUCGAUUGAGCUGGUUGUUCAAGGACAAGUACAUGGCGAGUCCCCAAGGUUCCGUCAGCAGCGGCGAAGACUCCAAGAGCUUUGUGGCAAGACGAGAAGCCAAAAGUCACAACAAACCCGGCUCCCUCAACUACUACGUCGGCGUGUUCAACCCGACCGACAAUUUGGGCGUGUACGAAGUCGUCGAUCAAAACGACGAAGAGAUCAAAGCCGAAGACGGGCAGAUUCUGGUCGAAACCGAACCCAUUAGCUACGAGAUGCGGUCCGUCAGGUUCGAUCGUAUUCGUGCCAGAUACAACAAGAAACGCAGGGUUUUGGGUCACGCCGUCUUGAAAAACACAGAGAGCGGAGUGCAGAGGGUCGACACCGUCAUUACGUACAACUACACUUACUCGAUUUAUUGGGGCAAAGGUCACGGGCUUCUAACCGGUCUUAAUUUCACCGUGUACAUGAAGAACGGGACGAAAACCGGUAACUGGGCCUUACCUAAAUCGCAGAACAUGGUCGAAACCCAAACCAUCGAAAAGAUCCUAGACGAAGGUACCGCGGUUAACGUAACCCUCUAUGGCAACUACACCGAGUCCGACGUCCCCUACACAACUACUGUGGUCGCUCUGUUCAAAGAUAAAGAUCAAAUGUCGCGUUUGUUGUCCGAUAGCAAACGCGAAAAUUUGAUCACUGACGUGAUCAUUGACUUUGGGCCGGUGUACUUCUUGCAUAACAACAGCCACGUUCCUACCACUACGACAACCACUACCACCACCACGACCACGACUUCGGCCACCACGAGCAAGAGGAAGUCGACGACGCACAAAGUCCUUCCUUUGGAUAUACCCCACGUCGUGCAGGUAGGAAACUCCGAGAAGCAGCCUGACGAUGUCUCGCCCAUGAAUAUCCACGAGCACAGCAGCAUGAUGUCGGACGCCAGCAACGCCGAGGGCGACGUGGCGUCGAGGACGAAGAAGGUCUCCAAGGACUCGAAUUCUUCGGGGCGAGUGGUGGGCGACUUCCUGGUGCUGGGGCUGUUGGCGAUUGUCGCGCGUCGGGUGACGUAAGGUGGCUCUUACAUUCCUGAUUUGGACUAGUAUUGAAUGUGGCUUGCUUUAGAGUGUGCGCGUCGAGGAUGGUGAGUGCGGAAGAGUCGAAUGGUGUGAACUCGGCUUUAAUUAUUCUAUCAUCUGUAGGAUUAUGUACCGGUUAUUUUCAUCUGUAGUCAUCAUAUGAAGAGUGUAAAUAGACUGUAAAUAUGUGGACUAGGAGAAGGUACGGCACCUCUAAGUGUUAAUAAUAGUGGUGGUGAUAUUUUAAAAGCGAAAAGUGACGUCCAUGUUUGUUAGCGAUUAAGGCGGCGACAUUGUACCAGGCGAGGAUAUAUUUUUGCUAUUAUCAAUUCAGGCUAGUUUCAGUAUUGAUGAUGAGAAUGUACAAAGCGAGACGAGCGUUUCAUUCCAUUGUUUCAGUACAAAAUUUUCCCCAAUUUAGAUUAGAAAGGAGUUUCUGAAAAAGCUUCAAGUAUCGGAACCAGUGAACGUAUUUAAACAAUUCAUAGAUAUUCAGAUACAUGUGAUAAUGUUGUAUUUAUGCUACAUAGCUUCUUUUCAAGCUUUCCAAGUAUUCAAAUCAAAAAAAUUCAAAAAUAUCAAAAAAUCGUUGAGAAUUUUCCAAUGUUCGUGUUCCUAAUAAUAUCAACCAAGCACUUUGAUGUUUGUUGCUCUAGAUCUAGAGGACGGAGACUUUGAUUGAAUACUACCAGACAGCGUGAUUACCCAUUGACUGACACAUGUAAAAAAGAUUACUUGUUCUAAAUGUACAUUUCAUGUAACUGUAGAUAUUUUAAAAUAUACUUAAAACCAUAUACAAAGAA